AUGCAAUACUUGGAGGCGCCUUUACAUACUAUUUACCUCAAGUCAGACUUGGUUACGGGCUUUGUGACUGUGGGGGUUCGCCCGUGUUUCCCAAUUGAGGGAGUGUCCUUCAUUUUGGGGAAUGAUUUGGCUGGGGGUAAGGUGCUGGUAAAGCCGGGAUGUGGGGAUCCUGGAAAAGAAGGAAAGGAGCCAGUGGCCUAUGGUCACGCAGGAGAAAACACUGACGCCAACCCGUUUGCCGAGUACAUGUGGAUGGAGAACGAGGAGGAGUAUAACAGACAGGUGGAGGAGCUGCUGGAGGAGGAGGACCAAGACUGGUUCAUCCCUUCACGUGAUCUCAACAACCAGGGGGUGGGGCAGCUCGAGCAGCAGCUCAACGGCCUGUCGGCUAACGAUCACCACAGCAACCUGGAGGAGGUGGCGAGGAAGAGCAUCUUGAAUCCUGAAGCAAAGGAGUUCAUCCCGGCAGGGAUAAUGUGCUCUGCAUCAGGUGAUUAUCUGGCUCCGCCUGUAUUUAAGAGGGACAGGAGGAGCAG